UCUCUCUCUCUCUCUCUCUCUCUCUCUCUCUCUCUCUCUCCCCAGGAAGUGAUAGAGCUCUGAGGAGAAGAGCAGGAUUUCUGAGGCCAUCAUGACUCCCACCAGAAGAGCUGAGGAGAUCCUGGAUGAGAUCCACACUGAUCUGCUCGAGUGUAAAGUGUGUUUCGAAACAUUUUCAUCCGAACCCAGAACUCGAAGGCCACGCAACCUCCCCUGUGGUCAUGUGAUCUGUCUGGGGUGCGUCUGCAGCCUGUCUCAUGCCGUGUCUCGCCAUCUCGAGUGCCCUUUCUGCAGGAAGCAAUGCGGUCAAGGUGACACCUAUGAAUGCCAGGUUCUCGUCGACCUUCAGGAAAUGAUCGGUUUGUAUUUUCCUCAAAAAAAAAACAAAGACUGUGAGAAAGAUCUGGGGUCAGGGGUCAUGCGUCUAGACAGUGCCUACGGAGGAUGGGGUCCGCUCAUCAACCCAACCGGUGUAGUCGUGUUUGGAGCAUCACAGGAUGUUCUGGUGGCGCAUGGAGGACACCAGAGAGUGACCGGGUUCGGGAGUCGUGGUCAGUUCUUGUGCAGUUUUGGGCGCUACGGACACAACAGCUUCGAAAUCUGCCAUCCUUUAGAUCUUGCUGUUACACCGGACGGCCAUGUUGUUGUCACAGAUGCAGGAGAUCGCUCAGUCAAGGUGUUUUCAUCGACAGGAAAUCCAGUGACCACCAUCCCAGAGUUUCAGCUUCCUUGGGGUGUUGACGUGGACAUCUCAGGUACCAUCUUAGUGACGGACGCUGAAACCGGAACACUUUGGCAGAUCAUCAUGGACUUCAGACAUGGCGUGGUUUCGGUAAAGAAGGCGAUGGUGAAAGAUCUGAAGACUCCACGAGCCGUUGCUUGCUGUAGAGCGUCCGGACGCAUCGCGGUGGUGGAACAUCUCCAGAUUCGAGAAAGUUCAGGGGACGAUGCUACACUGACACGGUUGAAGGUCUUCAACAGUGAUUUCAUCCUCCUCAAGCAAAUGGACACUCUCAGUUUUCACCCUCUGAAGCUGAGCAUCUCGGCCAUAACCUUCAAUAGACAUGGAGGUUUAAUCGUAGCUGAUGUGAACCAGGGACUCGUGUGGAGUCUAGGAGAUGUCCAGAAAGCUCCAGAGUUAAUUCCACUGGUGAGAGAGGGACUGGUGCGUCCGGUGGGAUUAGUGGCGACCGACGAGGACACGCUGAUCGUCCUGGAUGCCGGAGAUCACACCGUGAAGACGUUCACGAGUAACUUUGAGGACUUGUACAGCGAUAACAAAUUAUGAUGUCAAAAUGUUGUGUAUACACAGAAAUGUUGGUCAUCUCACAUAAAAUCCCUUAAAAAGAAAACAAUUUACUGAAAAUAUUAAAAAAAACUGGAACUUAAGUAAUGUUGAAAAUGAUUAAAAGAUUUGUUGUUUGCGUUCAUUUA